GCCUUGAGUCAGAGCACUCGGGAGCCAAGCUGCGAGCGACCUGAAUCACGGAAUUCCAGUGCAAGCGAUUGCCAAGGUGGAUUCCGUCAAUCACGUGGUCGGAUGCUGCUAGAGCGUGGAGCGCGUUCGGCCACACCGACAUUGAAGGAGAACAGCCUCUACCACCACAAUGACCGUCACCAUCCUCUCAAAUCACGGCCCACCAGCCAAUAUCGGAAUUCUCCUGCGCUUUUCAGCGAUGACAAUUUGGGAUCAUUCCAUUUGGGAUCAUUCCAGCUACAAGAUGAAGAGGUUUUGGCAAUCACAGCAGCUGCAGCUUCAAGGAAUGCGUUCGACCCGUUCGACCCUAUGGAUCCAAGAUAUCCAAGCGCUCCUUUCAAGGACGUGAUGAGGGUGUCUCCGUUCACGCCCCGGGAAUCUCCCUGCCGACCAGGCAGUUCGUUUCGUGCCCGAGUGAAUCCACAGGUUCAGUUUGACAACAGAAAUUGGAGAGGUGUACAUCGGCCCCCUUCGGCGCACGAGUCGUCGGAUGGCAUGUUUCUUGGUCCAGGCCCGAAGAGAGCUGGCUUUCUUGGAUGCGAAACAGGCCACAGUACUCAAUACUCUUGUCUAUCCGAAUCCUGGUGGAAGAGAAGCCCCGGUUCAGACAGGCGUCGCCAGGGUGAUUUCCAGCGAGUUACGCUUCCCUCACAAGAGCCUGGUUGGGACUCGGAGCUUGGUUACUUGGCUUGCGGCUGCGAUUACCGCGAAGCAUGUCCACACUGGCCAUCCGGACGACCUGUGAAGGCCAGUGGAGAUCCGCCAUCUCUGCCUGGAGCCGAAGGCGGCCAGGCAAAAGGCCUUGGGCUCUCCUUGGCGCCGCCACCAAAUGCGUCCUGAAGAUAUUUUUUCUUCGUGGCAGCUUCCUUUCUAGUUGUCCAUUUGCUGGCAUCAAGAACGGACUUCCAACUACACGGAACUACACAGCAAACUGCUAAACUACCUAGUAGCUGCACUCUCAAAAUGGUCUGGGCAGUUUAGGAUAAUUGUCCAUGUCAAUUUAGCGUUUUGUCCUCACCUACCUGAGCUCGUUGCCUUUUUCAUCUGUCUAUGAUAGGUCCGUGAUAGGUCCAUGCCCAUGGGAGUUGAAGCGACCAAGGUGACAGUGCCCGAAUGGUUUCGCAGUCGCAGCCAGCUUUGAGAGUUCUGGCUGUACACUGUACACCACCCCAAAAACAUGAACGAAGCUGUUGUGCCAGCUGGAGCCAGC